UCGUGAUAGACUGUUGUUUUAGAAUAAUGGCAAAAAUAGUGAUUACAAUAAUAUUAACAUUUUGGAUUUAUUUCAUUCAAAGUGAAGUGGUGAAGCGCUCCGCAUGCAAACACAACGAGAUGCAAGUGGAAUGCGCACAUUGCGGCCCCAAGACCUGCGAUGACCUAGGAUACCCGACCCCGUGUUCCGGAGCCACGGGGAUAUGCAAGCCGGAAUGCGUGUGCGUCGAUGGUUAUGUCAGGGACAUUAAUGGCACUUGCAUACCGAAGGACGAAUGCCCGAGUUGCGGUGGCGAUGUGAAUGCCACAGAUGGUUGCGGUAACCAUUGCGGCAACACUUGCUCGGAUUACAAAGAAGUCAACAAGACUUGCCUGACCGGCUGUAGGUACAACAGCUGUGACUGCAAAACUGGCUACGUUUACCACGAGGAGUUACGGAAAUGCAUCUUACCUGAUGACUGUUGAAAUUCACACUAUCAUGUCGGAGUUGCGAAAUGGAACACAAGACUGAAAACCUACAAUUAUGCAUCGAAUGAAAUCGGUUUGAACAAAAAUAAAAUUAAAUCACACAUUCAUUCUUAUU